CCCCCUAACUAAUUUGAAUAUCAGGGAACCUUUUUGUCAUUUGUCUGUUACUCUGUUGUCUUUGGCCCCCUCUCUUUUACACAUUCCUUGUUCAAAGGCUUAGAUUCUCCAUCUUUUUUUCUUUUUUUUUAUCUAAAAGAUGGAGGGAUCUAACCAAAAAUCUACCUUUGAAUCUGCAAGGGAGUGGGUCUCCGAGAACAAGCUUCGCGCCGUUGGAUCUCUGUGGCUAAGUGGAAUAACGGGAUCAGUGGCUUACAAUUGGUCAAAACCCAACAUGAAAACCAGUGUCAGGCUCAUCCAUGCCAGGUUGCACGCACAGGCACUUACACUUGCCGCGUUAGCUGGUGCUGCGGCAGUUGAGUACUAUGACCAUAAAGCCAGCAAAAAUACUGAACGAUAUCCCAGGUUUAUCGACCUGAAUUCGUAUGCACAGAAGAAAUAAACCAACGUAUAUGACUUCAUCAUACAGUAGGCCGUUAAGGAACAAAAGCAUUAUGCACGCCGUUCUAUUUUAUGUAAAAUUCUUCGUGUUAUAUGCUAGCUGGGUUAACAUGUCUUUUGUAAUCGAAGUGUUUAAGAUAAUACCAAAACAUAGAGCAGUUUUCUUAUUUCUCUUUCCAUUUUGAGUGAAUGGACAAGAUUAUUACUGGUUGUAAUUUUGUAUGGCAAUAAAUUCUUAUCGUGAAAGUUGUAAAGUGA